AUGCAAACUAGAAGAUCAGCUCAGAAAAAAAAUGAAGAGCAAUUACCUAAUGAGGAAUCAAAGCAUUCAAAUGUUGUGGCAAAGGGACAAAGAGGUAAUAAAAUAAAUUCAACAAAUAAAUCUGAUAAUAGUAAUAAAAGGAAACCGGUCAGCAAAACUCCAACAAAACCAACAAAACCAACAAAAUCAAAAAAAACAGCUAUAUUGUCAAAAUCUAAAAUAAAAUUAAAAAGUCGAAGAUCAACUGAAGAGGAAGAUAGCGAUUAUGAAGAUAGUGAUUAUGAAGAAGAAGGUUAUGAAUAUAGCAGCCAUGAUGAAGAGGAGGAUGAAAAGAAUGAUAUCAAUAAAAAAAAAUUACAAUCACAACCACCCAUCGGUUCAAUUACCACAACAGAGACUAGAUCAGGAAGAAGAAUUAUUAACACAGUUAAGCAUAUUAUCGAGGAUGUGAAAGAAGUUAAAUUAAGAGUAAAAGAGAGUCAAAUUAACAGUAACAUAAAUAAUACAGUCAAUAAGAUUAAUUCAAAAAAUAAUAUUAAACAAGAAAAGAAUGAGGAUAAGAUAGAGAUUGAACCAAUUCAAUCAAAAGGUGCAGCUAGACAAUCAAAAUUAGAAACUGAGGAGCAGUUAAGAAAAGGAAAAAGAAAAAAAGAAGAGAAGGAGGAAGAAAAGAGGCUCCACGAGUCUAAUAAAGAAAUUGAAAAAGAAAAAGAAGAAAAGGUAAAUGAAAUUGAAAAAGAUACACCAAUGCUACAAUCAAUUGAUGUAGUUAAUAGUAGACCAAAACGUACAAUUGUACCACCAACUCAAAUUUAUCCAGUCGAGAAAAUUUCAGCAGCUAAUAGUAGAAGAAACACUCCAAUUAAAAUUAAAUCACCAUCCACAAUUCCACCAAUAAUUGGUAUACCUACACCAAAUGCACCAUCAACAUCAUCCACCACUUUAUCAUCAACACCAUCAACACCAACAGCAGCAUCAUCAUCAUCAUCAUCAUUUGUGCAUUACGACGGCCACUUAAAUGAUUUAAUCAAUGGUGUAGAAAAUGGUUAUAUUCACAUUGACUCUACAGAAAGAUGUCCACAUUUAGGUUACUUAAAUUAUAAUAUAAUCAACGAAAAGUUAUUUAAUGCAAGUUUAUGGAGUUGUGAAGACUGUAAAUUUAAUCAUAAUUUAUUUUUAUGUUUAACAUGCGGUAAAAUUUGUUGUGCUACUUUUAAAUAUAAGCAUAUUUCAGGGCAUUAUAAAACAUCGCACCAUCCAUUGGUAUUCGGUAUUAGGGAUAAAUUUUGUUAUUGUUACCUUUGUAAAAAGUUUGUCGAAAACGAUAAUGCCACUGGUGAAUUGGAGACUCUUAGAGGUGUUGCAUAUGACACAUCAUUCAAUUUUUUAAAAUCAAGAUUUAAUAACGAAGAAAAAAUUACACAGGAUGAUAUCGAAGAAACAGAGGCAACAUAUUACGAAUUAAUUUUAAAAAGAUAUUUAUUUAAUAUUUGGAAAGAUACAGCAACAAAACCCAAAUGGAAAGAUUCAGAAGAGUAUUUAGAACGUUUAAAAGAACUUUAUGAAUUUAUUGCAAAUCAUGGUCCAGAAUCAAAAUCAAAAACAUUUCUACAAAAUACAAUUGAUGAAAUUGUUGACAAAUUGAAUGAUAUUAUAGAAAAAAGGGGUCAAUUACCACAAAGUACAGAUAUUCCAGAGGAGCCACACUUACCACAAGAGUCAUUACAAGAAACUAUUGAAAAAACUCCAGAGGACAAUUUUAAAGUUAUUAGUUUAUUGAUUGAUCAUCACGAAAAACAUAGAAGUAGAGAGCAACAGGAAAAAGAAGAAUUACAAAAACAACUUCAAGAACAAGAACAAGAACGAAAAGAACAAGAAGAACAGGAACAACGAGAAAAGGAGGAGAAAGAACAAUUUUUAAAUAAAGAUAAUAGUCAACAAGAACAAGAGCAACAGCAAUUAAUUCCAGUGCUUCAAAUUAAUGAAAUAAAUGGUUUUAUAGAUAAUGACACUCAACCAAUUUUAACACCGCCACAAUCACCAAAGUUGUCAAUGAACAAUGAUGUAGAUGUAUCAGAAUAUGAAAAGAUUAUUGGAAAAAGAAAUUAUUCCUCUAGUUAUCUAAUGUCCAGGGUUGCAUCAUCACCAAUAAAGAAUAAUAAGAUGAUUCCAGGGGUCACUGGUUUAAGAAAUUUAGGAAAUACUUGUUUUAUGAAUACAAUUCUUCAAGCGUUAAGUAAUAUUCCAGAGUUUAGAUCCUUUUUUUUCCAAUUAGAUGUAGGUUCAAAAUCACCACCAAAUGUUGGCAGGGUACUUUUUCCACCAUUAAAUGGCGAAAAUGAUAAUAAUAAUUGUAUAAAUAAUAAUAAUAGUAGUAAUAGUAAUAAUAAUAACAUUAAUAAUAAUAAUAAUAAUGUUAAUAAUAAUAAUAACAGUAAAAAUCAAUUUAAAUAUCCUUAUCCAAUUGAUGAGCCACAGCAACAUCAUAAUCAACCCAAGGUUAGACAAUGCACACUUGAAUGUUUACAGCUAUUACAAAAAACAAAGUUUUCAGGUUUUGAUGAUCUUUCCUUUACUUUACAACUUCAUUAUCUUUUUAGAUUACUCUGGUCUGGUAAAUGGAGCGUUGUAACACCAUCAAGUCUUUUAGAGGCAGUUUGGAGAAAUAUUCCCAAAUUUAAAAAUUAUCAACAACAAGAUGCCCAAGAAUUUCUCUCUUACUUAUUGGAUGCUGUUACUAACGAAUUAAACCCAAAUAGAAAAGCUUCAAGGCAAUCAACACAAACAACCUCAUCUAUCAGUAAUUCUCAAUCACAAUCAAUUGCUUCUUCACCAACUUUAGGCAGCACUUUAAGAUCGGGUAGAACAAGAAGGGCUGCUGCUUCUAUUGCAAUUUCAAAAGCUGAUAAAAUAUUAAGUGAUUUAGUGGUACCACCACAAUCAAAGAAUGUUUCUCCAUUGAAGCGUAGCUCUGCAGAGUUUGAACAAAAUGAAACUACAAAGAAGAGGAGACAUUCAGUUGAUGAUAAACAGAAUUCUAGCGUGCAAAAACAAGAUAAUGAUAGUCAAGAAAAAAUAACUACAACAAAUGCUAAUUCAAAUACUAGUUCACCAAUAAAUGAUCAAUCACCACAAAAAAUUGAAUCUGCUUCAACCUCAAAUACAUCAACUCCAUCAGCCCAAUCUAUUGAUAUUGUAUCAAAGAUAUUUCAAGGAAAGUUAAAGAGUGAAAUUAUUUGUUUAAAUUGUAAUAAUAAUGUAUCAAGAAUUGAAUCAUUUUUAGAAUUAACUUUAGAUGUCCCAAUUUUCAAAAAACCAAAAAGAGUUUCAAAAAAAAACCCAGCCAAACCAAAACCAAAAGCUUCUAAAAGUAAAGGUAAAGGUAAAAAAAAAGAACAAGAGAUAACCAAUGAAACAGAUCAAGAAAUUAAUAAAGAAAAUGAAAUAAAUGAUAAUAAUAAGGGUCAAGAAAUUAAAUCAAUAAUAGCAGAAGAACCAGUUGAAACUUCGUUGACCAUUAUAAAAAGUGACAAUGAAAGAAAUAACAAUAAUAUUAAUAAUAAUAAUAAUAUUAAUAAUAUUAAUAAUAAUAAUAAUAAUAAUAAUGGCAGUAAUACCCAAGAAAAUGUAACAUUAAAUCCUAAUGAAGAAAAUUUUUGCACUUUGGAGGAUUGUAUAAAAUUUUUAACAAAACAAGAGACCUUAGAGGGCAAGAUUUAUCAAUGUGAUUCUUGUAAAAGUAAACAGGAUGCAAAGAAACAAUUUUCAAUCGAUUCAUUACCAAAUGUUCUCUGUAUUGUUUUAAAGCGAUUUUCAUGGACAAAUUCAAGCUGUUCAAAGAUUACCACAAAAGUUAAAUUUCCUUUUGAAUUAGACUUAAAACCAUUCAUGUCAAAUAGUAACAAUAUUAAUAAUAAUAAUAAUAAUAAUAAUAAUAAUAAUAAUAAUAAUAAUAAUAAUAAUAAUAAUAAUAAUAAUAAUAAUAAUAAUAAUAAUAAUAAUAAUAAUAAUAAUCAAAGUGAUGUUGGAAGCAGUUCAAGUACUGAUUCUAAUCCAUCUACAAGUAUUCCUCAAUUCGAUAUACCUUCAUCAGAAAUUAAUGGUACUAAUAAUAAUAUUAAUAAUAAUAAUAAUAAUAGUAAUAAUGAAUAUACCUAUGAACUAUUAAAUGUUAUAAAUCACCAUGGUUCAGGUUUAUUUUCAGGACAUUAUACUGCCUAUUGUUUUAAUGAUCUUCAAGAGAUUUGGGUUCAUUAUAAUGAUAGCAGAGCUAGAAUUGUUCAACCAGAUGAAGUAAUUGAAGAAUCUCAAUCGAAUGCUUAUAUUUUAUUUUAUCAAAAGAAAGAAAUGGAUAACGAUACAUCCAGCAAUUUAAAUUUUAAUAACGAAUAA